AUGCCAGAGCAUUGCUCCCCUGAGGAUGUCCAGUGGCAAGAUAUUGUGACGCUUUUGGGAAAGGACGUCGUGGAUCGUGCGAUAGAAUCAGAGACCGAGUUCUCUUCGCCAUUCGAGAAAUUUGAGGAGCUUGAAGUGAAGGUUGUUCAUAUGUGCUCUAAUGCAACUUCGUUGGCUCUUGCACCCGAAUCAAAAGGCCGACCGUGGGUAUUGGUUAUACCCUUCUGUUUCCCUGGUGAAACAGUUCGUGUCAAGGUACAUCGUCACGAGAGAAUGCACUCGCUUUGCGACCUCCUGGAAGUUGUGGAACCCAAAUUGGAGAUCAGGGAUGAGAGUUUGGUCAAGUGUAAGUAUUUCAGGACGUGCGGAGGGUGUCAGAGUCAGAUGGUUUCUUAUGAGAAUCAACUGAAAUUCAAAAGAGACGUCGUGAUCAACGCGUACAAAAAAUAUUCAAAACUCCCUGAUUCUGAGGUGCCUGAAAUUCUGCCGACGAUCGGCUCGCCUUUGCAGUACGGAUACAGGACGAAAAUUACCCCGCAUUUCCAAUUGAAAUCGAAUGGCACCCCCGGUGAUCCCUUUUGUAUUGGUUUCAAUGAUGCCUCCAGACCGCGUGUGGUUGACAUUGAGGAAUGUCCAAUAGCUACUCCCAUUUUGAACGAGACAUUACCUAUUGCUCGAAAGAAAAUUCAUGACACUCUUUCAACGUUCAAGAAAGGCUCAACCCUACUCUUGCGGGAGUCUCUAAAAACCGAUGUGCCUCUUCCCUUAUCUUCAUCCUUGACACCUGAUGAGCUCGCCGAUGCGAUGAACACCAAGAUCUGCAUUACGAAUAAUAAUGCUUCAGUGCGAGAACGUGUGGACAACACAUUUUUCGAAUUUAACGGAGGAUCAUUCUUCCAAAACAACAAUUCCAUCCUUCCCACCUUCACAGAAUAUAUUCGCGAAGCCAUCUUUCCUCCUGACAUCGUCUCGAAGCCGACUCACCUUAUCGAUACUUACUGCGGAGCGGGCUUAUUCGCCAUUACUCUGGCGCCCCACUUCGAUAUCGUCUCAGGUAUAGAACUCUCUGCAGACUCGAUAAUGUACGCCAAGCGUAAUGCACGACUCAACAACAUUCCGUCGACGAAGUGUUCCUUCAGAAAAGGUGACGCGGCAAAUAUUUUUGACGUCGUCAAAGAAUUCCCACCGGAACAUACAGCGGUGGUUAUCGAUCCACCUCGAAAGGGUACAGAUAUGAAUUUUAUCAAUCAACUGGUUGGCUUUCUUCCGCAGACGGUGGUGUAUGUGAGCUGUAAUGUCCAUACGCAGGCGAGAGAUAUUGGGCUGCUCUUGAGGGCAGUGGAAUUUGAUUCGAGAGGGAAAAAGUAUGUGUUGGAGAGCCUCCGUGGAUUCGAUCUGUUUCCUCAGACUUCGCAUGUGGAGUCUGUAGCAGUGCUCAGGCUUUGCAAUAAAGAACGUUAA